CAAGAAGUCCAAGAGUCCUGCGGUGAGGGCCAUGAACAUGCACAUGACCUCACACCUUCAGAUGGCCAGGGAAAGGCUUGAAUUCCAGAAGGAGAUGCACAAGGAGAACAAGCUGGCGCUGGAGAACUUAAGGCUGGGGGUUAGCUGGAAGAUAGCGGAGUGUACCAGGAUUGCUGAGAAGGACAUGGGCAUCUCCGCCGCCACGCCAACCUUGCUGGAUGGGCUGAUUAAGAUGGCCAAGUCUGAACUAGAUAUGGACAUGUUCCUUUCCACCACCAGUGAGCCUGUGCGCAUGAGAAUCCUAGAGAACCUUGCCUUCAAGACUGGAUCAGUGGACAACUAGAACACCGUGCUUUUUCUUUUGCUUGUAGAAGUGGCGAGCCUUAGCUCUGACUUUGUAGGAGCGCCUUGGUAGGAUGGGAGGCUUUUGCUGUGACUUGGUAGCUGCGCCGUACGUAUUUGUUGUUGUCUUAACGGAUUGUAUGAUUUGUGGACCUAUUUAUGUUGUUUGUAUGAGUUGUGAACCUGGUUCGUAUGAAGAUGUGUGCUAUUUGUGUGCUACAUGUGUGUUUGUUGAUUGCAACUUGGCAGAUUGUUGGGCUAAUGGUCAUCACCCUGAUGCUCUAUAUGUAAUCUUGCAGUACACUUAACUAACAAGAAUGUUCAUUGUUAAUGACAGGCAACAGAUUAUGCGUAUGCAUCUAGAAGGGAGGAGAUGAUCAGGAGGUUGGAGAGGGCACAGGAGGAGUUGUCAGCUGACCUAAUGGCUGAUGAAGAGGAGGAUGAGUUCAUCCUUGGUAUGUACCAGUUCGCUGUUCACUUUGACAAGUACCUCAAUAGGGCUGAGUACAGGACUCCUAAGAUGACUGGAUUGGAAUGGGUGCACACUAAGCUUGCAACUGAAAAGGGUAGUUACAACAUGUUUAGAAUGCACCCUGUGAUGUUCUUUACCCUCCAUGAUCUAUUAGUAAACAAGUAUGGUCUCAAAUCAACUACGAGGUCUUGUACUUACGAGACUCUAGGGAUGUUCUUAUGGAUGGUAGGAGCACCACAGUCUGUUAGGCAAGCUGAGGACAGAUUUGAGAGGUCGCUGGGGACUGUCUCAAAAAUGUUCAAUAGAGUUCUAAACAGUCUUGUUAGACUUGCUGCAGACAUCAUUAAGCCAGUGGACCCAGAAUUUAGAACAUUGCAUCCAAGGCUAAGAAAUUCUAGGUUCUAUCCGUACUUCAACAAUUGCAUAGGGGCUAUAGAUGGGACUCAUGUGCACUGUGUGGUUCCAAAUGACAUGUUUGUCCAGCACAUGUGCCGCAAGGGUAUCACUACACAAAAUGUGAUGGCCUGUUGUGACUUUGACAUGAGAUUCACAUUUGUGAAUGCUGGUUGGCCUGGAUCUGUCCAUGACAUGAGAGUGUUCAAUGAUUCGACAACAACAUACAGCGCCGUGUUUCCACAUCCACCACAAGGGAAAUACUACCUGGUGGACUCUGGGUAUGUCAACCAACAGGGUUACCUUGCUCCUUACAAGGGAUCCAAGUACCAUCUGCAGGACUUUCGGGACGGCCCCGAGCCGGAAGGUAAAGAAGAAAUCUUCAAUUACGCUCACUCUUCUCUUAGAAAUGUGAUUGAGAGAUCAUUUGGAGUUUUGAAAAUGAAGUGGCGGAUCUUGCAAAAGAUCCCUCCGUAUGCACCUCAUAAGCAAUCCAGAAUCAUAGUUGCAUGUAUGGCCCUGCAUAAUUUUAUGAGGACCAGUGGCAUAGCAGAUAAGCAUUUUCAUAGGUGUGACAGUAAUGAGAACUAUGUGCCGAGACAAGCAUAUGAGGAUCAACCACCACCAGAGGUUGUGGAUGAUGCAGCGAACCCGAUGGGUACAUUCCGUGAUUCGCUUGCGUAUGCUUUGGCAAGUCGUUCUUAAAAGUUUUGUGUGGUUAAACUUUAGUUUCGUUUUGUUCAUUUACUGUGCAAUCUGUGAAUGGUUGAUGAUAGUUUGAACAUCAUCGUGUACUGUGAAUGUGAGGACAUAUACGAGCUGUGAUGUAUUUGUAAUGUUGUUGAGGCCACAUUGUGGUUGUAAUA